AUGGCGACCGAUGACCCCUCUCCCUUUCAAUCCAUCCCCUGGGUCUCUAAGCUCCUUCAAGAUGACUCUUUCGUGACAAUCUCCAUUGCCUCGAGGCAAGUGAAAACUACGUCGGAAGAUAGCUUGUUCUCUACGACCAUCAAGUCAGAUAACACGCUGGCAGCAUGCUUGACUCAAUAUCGCCGACCACCUCAGCCUCCCUCAGACAGCGUGCAGUCUGCCCCGUCGCCCAAAGGGGCAGAAGGCUUUCGAAUGUUCUUCAUUCUCGGGUCAGAUAUGAACGGAUACCCGGGAAUCUUACAUGGCGGUAUGGUCGCCACCCUGCUGGAUGAAUGCACCGGGCUUCUUCUCUCCAUAAGGGGAGAUGUCGGCGAUGCGUCGCAGCGGAAUGCGGAUUCAGACCCUGGACCAGUGACGGCCUAUCUGAAUACCAAAUUUCUCCGACCGGUGCGAACCCCGGGGGUCAUUGUCGUCGAAGCCCAAUUGAAAGAGGCUAAAGAAGACCGCAAGUGGAAGAUUGAUGGUGAGAUUCGGGAUAGCCAGGAUCAAAUCCUGGCAACUGCCGAGUCUCUGUACGUGAGAAUUCGCUCGAAGAUAUAG